AUGGCAGCUGCAAUUCAGCUUCGUAUCACUGCUGGGCAUGUUGGCCAACCUGAUAUUGCAUACGGGCCGGACCUUGAUAAAGUGACUUGCCUCGACCGUGUAACUGCCACGGACGAGGACCCCGAGCGUCUAAUCACUCCGUACGCAUGCCGUCGAUGCACGGGCUACUGCGGUCUCCCUCGAUCAGCAGCCAUCCCUCCAAUUACAGAGUUCCAAGUUGAAGCCCUUGACACACUGCUAUUUCUUGCCGAGAUGCUCGCCGUAUCGUUGGACUUUGACAAGGGUGACAUGCGGUAUGUGAACAACUUGAGCAUUUUCCACGCUAGAGGCGGCUUCAAGGAUCCCACAGAGAAGAAGACAGCAACUCAGCUGAGCGAAUAG